AACAUGUAUAUGACGGCUCUAUGGAUUGCUUUUAUUUUGGCUCAGUCGAGCAGAUUGCUCGUCGAGGGCAUCAGAUCGCACUAUGUCGAUUCAACGCAGAUCGCGGAGAUCAACGAAAUGGGUGAUAAUCCUGCGGAUAAUAGAGAACCGACGUGCAAAGAAUUACGCACGAUGUGGAGGUAUACCAAACGCCAAAGUAGAGCCAUCCAAGUUAUGAACAAACUCCCAUUCGUACAAGACUUUUUCGCGUAUAAUGCGUGGAAGAAUUAUCAGGCUCCUCCUCAACCCCCUCUUGACUAUCGAGAUUAUACCGAUCGACCUCGUACUCGUGCUGCUGGUAGUGCACCACCUGUUUAUGGAAGAAUAGUUCAUAAAGCACCACCAGGAAGUAGACUACGAAGCAGUCAACAAAUGCCACACCGAACUAAGGCCUUCGAAGAUGUUGCAUAUUUGUAUGGGACAAUAAAUUUUCAUCCACCCUCUUCCCGACGUCGACAAUCGAGUUUCCGUAUUGGUGGUGGUGCCUCCCCGCCUAUAUCUCAAGUUCCCCAAGCUGGUAGUUUUCAACAUUUACGAGACCUAAUUCGUGGGGAAAGGGCUCGUGAAUUAAGGAAGCAACACGAAUCCGAUAGAAUCGCAGCAGCGAAAGCGGCGACAAUCAAGGAUUAUUCUAACGUCGACCAAGACGAUUAUCAAAACGUACCACGGCUGCGGAAACACUUUGCAAACUCGUUAGAUGGAUAUCAGCAAUUUAGAAAUCCGAAAGGUGAUAUUAGCCGGGCUUGGUCGCGUGGCGAUCAUUAUUUGCCAGAAUAUAUGCUGCGUUAAUGAAGCAUUUUCAAGAUCAAGGGAAUUGCCGACGAAAAAACUGCCGUACGUUUCAAUAUCAUCGCUCGUACUAUUCUUGGCAGUAUCAUAGCCCAAUUGUUUGAUUUUGUCAAAGUUGGAUGAAGUCCAAGAUCUUAAAAAAUAUUUUCGAAAUCACCGGGAAAGUGUAUGUGUAUAUGUGUAUGUAUGCAUGCAUGUAUGUAUGUGUGUAUAUUUUACACACACGCGCAUGCCCGCCACGUACACACACACACACACACACACAUACACAAUAUUUCAGUUCCUAAUAUCUAUCUAUGCAUAUACACACACAUAUAUAUGCACUCACGCAUGUGCGUACGUACACAUUCAACGCACACACGCACGCACAUCAUACACAGACACACACAACGCGAUUAGCACACAAACACAUACAUCUACACAAAUACGUUUGACGAAUUUAUUAAGAUACAUAGUAAAAAACUUGAAAAGUUAAAAUUAUCUUCUACUCUUACAUGAAUUCAUCCUGAAUGUAUUUAUAUAUACAUAAUUCAUUAUUAUUAUACACAUAAAUUCAUUCAGAAUGAUUUUAUGUAUAUUCUCUCUGACAGUAUACUCGUAUAUUUAACUGAUUGUAAAACAUUCGAAUAAGCAAAGGAAUUACCUAUAUUUGAAAACGUACAUAUAUACAUACAUACAUACAUACAUACAUACAUACAUACAUACAUACAUACAUACAUACAUACAUACAUACAUAUAUAUAUACGCCGCGUAAAUGGCAAAAACUAAUUAAAGUGUGAUAUCCUUAUAUGGGACAUCCAUUACACAGAUCAAUAACAGUAUGUCGAAUAUAUCAAGCUCUCAUUAUAUAAUAGAAAUGUAAUAACUGUGUUUUCUUGCAUUGUCUAUUAAGAAGUCUUAUCAUAUAUAUGCAAUUCUUACGUUUCUCAUCUUCCUAAUUAUUGUCUUCUUAAUUAUUAUCUUCUUUAUUAUCCUUAAUUAUCAUCUUCUCAAUUAUCAUCCCUAAAUUAACUAUUAUUCGAUUCUUAUGGAAAUAUUAAAAAAAAAAGGAAAAAAAAAGAAAAAAAAUAAUAAUGACAAUACAAAAAACAUUAGACUCUGACAAAAUAUAGUCAAGUGAAAUAAAAAAUCCUUACUUCUUUGGCAUCUUUAAUGAUAUUUACAUAAUAUGUGGACAAUAAAAAAUAGUGAUAUUUACAUUUAUAGUAUAUUUAACUCUAUAUAUAUAUAUUGAAAUUACUGUGGUACAUCCUUUUAAAAACCAAGUGAUUGCAGUACACACUAUAUGCGUGUAUUUGAACUGCAAAAAGACAAUAAUUAUUCUUAAGACAAAGCUUGUAAAAAGCAUGUAAGUAAUGUAAUUGCAAAUUCUCAUUAUAUUCAUGUACAAAGCUUGUACGAUUUGACAAUGCAAGAAUGUAUAAGAAAUAAUUACCUACUCUCAGGAUACAUUUUUUUCCAAUGAAUUAUAUAUUAAUUUCUUAUUUCCCACCACAUAUGAACUGUAUCUCUAAAGUUUUUAUCUUUUGUGAUCAUUUUAACAUAAUAUUGCGCACGAAAAUGCAUUUUUAUGUACAAAUAAUUAAUUCAUUGCAAUUGUCUGUUUUUUUUCGAUAUAAAUAUCUCGAGGCUCGUUUUUUUCAAAAGAGAUGUAUACUCUGGUAUUAUUAAUUGAAUUCUUUUUUUUUCUUACAAGCUCAUAUAUAUAGAUAUAUAUUCAACACACACAGACACACAUACAUGCGUAUCUAUCGAAAUAUAUAAAUUCACAACAUUUUUAUUCUUUAAUUAUAAUUUGUAGUAGACAUGACUUAUAUUGUCAGUGCCUAAUACACUUCUUGAGACUGUUCUCUAAAAAUUAUUAUAAUAAACUUACAAGAAAAAAAAAGAAUAAUACAAAAUCUUGAUGGCACACGAUUAGUUACAUAUUCAACAUAUGCAGUCAAACACUAACAUAAAUAAACAUUGACAUCACAAAUGAGAGCAAUGGGAUUUUAGAGAAUGAAUAAUUCAAAGCUUUCAUUAUGCCUUAUAAACGACAAUAUUAUCUGCAUAAUACAAAUCUUGCUUAAUUACAUGGAUAUAUUAUACAAAUUCAAUGUAUACCGCUGUAUCUGAAGAGUAAUUUAAUUAACAAUUUGUAGUUAUAUGCGCACGCGCGCGUUUACACAUAUCGUACGUAAAUGUGUAUUCGCACUCAUUAAUAAAUGCCGCGUAAACGUGUUCGAUAUUAUUACAAUAAUACUAUACGACUGAGUUCGCAAAAAAAAAUUACACACGCACGCGCGAACACAUCGCAAUUUAUGAUUAAUUACGAUCAUUUUUGUUAGCUGCACUAGAAUAAGUAUAUUGAAAUUUUGUUAAAUUAAUUAUUUGAAUAACGUAUUUAUUAAAUUUUUCUUUCUUUUUUA